AUGCAGGACAGUGACCCUCCAGGAGCAAGAUUGGAGCAAGUUUUGGCAGAACUGACAGCAAACAUACUUUCCCCCCAGGAGGUGCUGAUGAUGUUGGAUAACUACGUCAGAGAUUUCAAAGCUCUAAUCGACUGGAUCCAACUACAGGAGAAGCUGGAAAAAACAGACGCUCAGAACAGGCCUACGUCUUUGGCUUGGGAAGUUCGAAAGAUGUCACCAGGGCGACAUGUAAUGUCCAGCCCCUCGUCAGACCGUAUUGUUCCAUCACCUGGCGUUCGCCGUGCCCUCAAUUUUGGUGGUCCCCCUCCCACUUUGGCUGUGGCACGUCUCUCCCACACUGGACCAAGCUGGGCUGACCGAGUCAAGUGUUCCCAGUCCCUUCCUGUCCCCAGUCCAAGUGUCAACAUCCCUGCUGAAAAACCAGCAAAGAAAGAUGCAGAGGGCUGGGAGACUGUGCAGCGUGGACGCUCCAUGAGGCCACGCUCCAACACCAUGGUGGCCAAGGUAAGCCCCGUUCUGCCCCAUGUAAGCCCCAAAGAUGACAGCGACAAGGAGAACCAGCGCAUCCAGCCCUCGCCUCAGGAAAAAUCUCAGGAGGUGAGGGAGCAAGAGCAACCUGUAUGCCAAGAGCAGAGGCAAGAGACUGAAAAGACCUCCGUCAUUGAGCCCCCAGCAGAAAGUAUUGAAGAGCCAGAGCAGAGUGUCCGCAGCCCCUCUGAGGACACGCCACCCCCUACCUCUCUGCCUUCGCAGGCCCAGUGCCCAGAAUUGGAUUCCGAUCUAGGUUCUCCCCCUGUAACCCUUUCCCAAACAGAGAAGCUGGGUACUUUGCAAGCCAAAGUAGAGCAGGGGAUGGAGGGGUCGGUGUGGAAGGUCGUGGCACCGUCGGCAAAGGCAGAGGCAGCAGUCUACGUUCCCCUGGCAGCGAUGACACUGGAGAGCAUGCUGGACCCCACAGAACUUUCCACCCCCCAAUCCAUGGCUGAAGUUUUGGCUAAGAAGGAAGAGCUGGCCGACCGCCUGGAAAAAGCAAACGAAGAGGCAAUCGCAAGUGCCAUCGCUGAGGAGGAGCAGCUGACGCGGGAGAUCCAAGCAGAGAACAACGAACUGGAGACCGACAACGAGAGCGACUUCUCUGCAAGUAUCGGGAGUGGAAGUUGUGGCUUGAAUUUAGACUGGAGCGAGAUGCUAGCUGAUUAUGACGCUCGAGAGCCUUGGCGUCAGAGCAUCUCCUGGGGUGACAUGGUGGAGGAGGAGCCGGCCCGCCCGCCGGGUCAUGGCAUUCACAUGCACGAGAAGCUGUCCUCUCCUUCACGCAAACGGAAAAAAAGGCAACAGGAGAAGGAGAGGGCGAGGGAAGACGCAGCGCGGGAGAGAGCCAGAGACCGUGAGGAGCGUUUGGCUGCUCUCAGUGCGUCUCAACAGGAAGCCAUGGAGGAACUACAGAAGAAAAUCCAGAUGAAGCAUGACGAGAGCAGCCGUCGACACAUGGAGCAGAUCGAGCAGAGGAAAGAAAAGGCCGCUGAGCUGAGCAGCGGAAGACACGCCAACACGGACUACGCCCCCAAACUCACUCCUUAUGAACGGCAGAAGCAGUGCUCGCUCUGUAACGUUGUGAUCACCUCUGAGGUCCACCUGUUCAGUCACAUUAAGGGAAAGAGGCACCAGCAGGCAGUGCGGGACAGCAGCAGCAUUCAAGGGCGGGAGCUGUCCGACGAGGAGGUGGAACACUUGUCUCUAAAAAAGUACAUCAUGGACAUCAUGACUGACAGCAGCGUGCCCUCCGACAGUGCAAAAGAGGGCGAAGAGAGGCAGAAAGCUCGGAAAAAGGCCAAGAAACUGCGGGCACGCAUGAACUCAAGGGCUAAGGAGUAUGAGACAUGCAUGGAAGCCAAGACCCAGACCCCCGACUCUCCUUACAAGGCAAAGCUUCAGCGUCUGGUGAAGGAUCUAGUAAAGCAGCAGCAGGGGCAGGACAGUGGCCAAUGGGCCAGUAACAAAGUGUCUGGCCUGGACAGAACCCUGGGAGAACUCUCCCGCAUUCUGGAGAAACAGAAUAAUGCAGAUCAGGUUGCUUUUCAGGUAGGAGGGGGUUUGUCCGCACUGGAACAGAUCCUACAGGUGGUCACCGCGGCCUCCAGUCCCACAGCAGUCCCUCGUAUUCCUCUCAAGUCACUCUGCACUGCCGUGAAUACGUAUUACCUGUCCUGUGUACACUGCCACAACAACUGUUCCUAUGUUCUCUACAGCAACAAAAUUACCUUUCUCAUGGACCUUCUCCUCCAUCAGUUGACACUCUUCGUGCCAGAUGAGGACAAUUCCAUCUUUGGCCGCAGUGUCAAUAAGCAGGUCUUUGAGGGUUUGACUACAGGUCUUCUGCAGACAGUAGCCAAGGUACUGGGGCAGUUGCACCCACCUAAUUUGGAUGGAGAUCCUCCACGUAUAUGCACUCCGGAUGCCAAGAGCAAACCUGUUGCCAGUGAGAACUUCAACACGCGUACUCAAGAUCUCAUCAGCUAUGUGGUGAACAUGGGCUUGAUUGACAAGCUGUAUGGCUGUUUCCUGUCCAUACAAGGACCGAUUGACGAGAGUCCCAAGAUGGCUGCCUUUCUCGAGCAAGCCACAGCUGUCCUCCAUGGGAUGUGCAAGUUGUGUUUUGCUGUGACUGGACGUUCCCUGAGCGUCUUUGACAACAAACGUCAGGACCCCACCGGUUUGACGGCCCUCCUGCAAAGCACCGACCUGGUGGGCGUCCUCCACAUGCUAUACUGCACCCUGCUCCACAGUGCCCUCCCUGACUCUCUCUCAGCCGGCCCUGUGGGCCCCCAGGAGCCUUACAGCCCCAACGUCAUCCAGGUGGCCCUCCAGGGACUGCGUUUCCUCAACACCUUCGCCCUGCUGGACCUCUCAGCCUUCCAGUGUGUUUUAGGAGCGGAAGGUCUGUCUCUGGCCUUCAGACACAUUGCGAGUUCUCUGCUGUGGUACUGCUCUCAACACAGCUCCGAGGAGCUGCUCCAUGAGCUCAUCAUCUGCGUCGGCUACUUCACUGUCAACCACCCAGACAACCAGGUGAUUGUGCAGUCUGGCCGCCAGCCCAGCGUGUUGCAGAAACUCUGUCAGCUGCCGUUUCAGUAUUUCAGCCACCCGCGACUCAUCAAAGUGCUCUUCCCCUCGCUCAUCUGUGCCUGCUACAAUAACCUGCAGAACAAGGUCAUCCUGCAACAGGAAAUGAGCUGUGUGCUGCUGGCCACCUUCAUACAGGACUGUGCCACCAACGAGAACCAACCGGACAGCAAAGCUUCACAUCUAGAGAAGGGCUGGGCUCCUCUGGACUACUGCGAGCUUUCCAACCGCUUCCCCAGAGACCAGUGGGACUCCGCACUUCAGUUCUUCCUCAAGAAGCAGGAGGAGUGAACUGCAGUCAUUUACAAGAGCACAUUACACACAUUGAUGAUGAGCUGAAAUGUACACUCUACAAUGCAAAGCUGUGCCGGAGGGGUUUAGGGUACGAAUGAUGCCGGUAAUCAGACCAUCAUCCCAACCCGUCAAUCAGUAGUGAGGCAUUCCUAGUAGUUAUCCAGUAACUGUAUGUUAACACCUAUAUAUUAGCACACACUUUGACUUCUCGCACAUGUAUUUAUAAGCAAUAGAAUGUUUAGGGAUUUAAUUUACAGGAUUUUUACCUUAAAUACAUUGUUGGACGCAUUCAUAGUGAUCUGCAAAUCUCUUUCUAAGCUUUCUAAGGUUAGUUUAAUUGUUAGGUUUGAGUGUGACUGUAAUUGUGUUGUUUUGUACAUAAAAAGAUAUUGGGGGAUGAUGCAGAAUAAACAGAAGCACUCGUUUAAUUAAGGGAGAAUGAGUUACCUCAUCCGGUGGUUUUCUUGUUCCAGUUUGUUUCUAUGCAUAAAGUGGAAGAUUUCUUCCUGUAGCUGACAUGCUAUGAUUUUUAAUAAUUUUUGUUGUGAUUUUUUGCUUGUUUUAUACUGUAAUUUAUACACCGUGAAGAUGUAUUCUACACAUUUUUUUUACUUUAACGCAUUGAAGCACUUAAGUUUAAUUUAAGACAUGGACGUGUUUAAAAAAAUAUUUAAAACUGCACAGUCUUUGAGUUCUUUCAUUGUAGCUUGGUUUGAAAUAUUGUCUACCAGAAGAUGUUUUGGAUAUUUGAAUAUAUACGCAGUCGAGAGCUAUAGGGUCUCUAAUUUUCAAGUCUGGGACAGCUAAUGAAAUUGCUUCUAUUUUGAGUUUUUCUAAUUUAAUACAAAUGUUUUAACUUGCAAACAUAACCAU